UCGCAACACGAGAGUUAUCGACAGUAGUUUUGCACACGACCGCAGACUGUAUUCGACCGUCGGCUGAGUGUUCGGAAGCUUGGUUUUUCUUCCGGAAUUGCUAAAAAUUAAGGAAAAUUUGCAAGCCUAUCUCAUCAAACAUGCUGCUGAGGACAAUUCAUAGGUCUCUGUCGCCUGCGAGAAAAACUUUACUUGCUGUCAGCUCGGCAAACUACCACGAAAAGGUGAUUGACCAUUACGAGAAUCCUCGUAACGUCGGUUCGUUAAAUAAAAACGACGAAAAUGUUGGAACUGGUCUUGUCGGAGCUCCGGCCUGCGGCGACGUCAUGAAACUCCAGAUUAAAGUGGACGAGUACGGAAAGAUUGUGGACGCAAAGUUCAAGACUUUCGGCUGUGGCUCUGCAAUUGCAUCUAGCUCUCUCGCCACAGAAUGGAUCAAGGGCAAGAAUGUGAAUGAGGCCAUGACCAUAAAGAACACAGACAUUGCAAAAGAGCUGAGCCUUCCUCCUGUCAAGCUGCACUGCUCAAUGCUUGCUGAGGACGCCAUCAAAGCAGCGCUGAACGAUUACAAGAAAAAGAAGAUGCAGCAGGCUCAGCCAGGAGGCGGCAAUGGUUGACCGCCAAGCCUGAUCUUCCGGAUGUGUGCAUACUGCUUUGCUGUAGCGGACCCUGUAAAAGAAUGGGAGAGAAUAAAGUUGUUCCUUAGAAAGGAGAAACAAAAGGCUUA